AAACUCACAACAAACAGGGAAUUGAUAAGAUCCUAAAACCACCACCAUGAACGAGAAGGACAUUGAGGAGGGCGGAGUGGCCGUGAUGCCGAAAGAUCUAAGCUGGAUUCCAACUUUCUUCAAGAAGAGAUUGUGCACAACGUUUGUGGAGGACUCCUUCAGUAACGGAGGUCUGUGUCAGUGCGGGGCGGCACGAGACCAUCACCCAUCAGUGGCACUGGGCGAUAACUUCAGCACAGCAGUGGUCAGUCAGUGGUUCAGCACUCAGCACUCCUCUGAACAGCCCACUGACGCUUAUGGAGAAUUGGACUUCAAUAACAGUAGGAAAAGAGACAGCUACUUUCUGCGUCUGUCCAGCACCACAGAUCCUGCCAAAGUGUUUGACCUGAUGAAGGAGCACUGGAAGCUGCAACAGCCUAACCUGGUGGUGUCAGUGGUGGGCGGCGAGGGUAGGUCAGAGGUCAAGAGCUGGGUGCUGGACAUCCUGAGACAGGGGCUGGUCAAAACGGCACAGAGUACAGGAGCGUGGAUCAUCACUGGUGGACUGAGGCAGGGUAUCAGCCGGUGUAUUGGAGAGGCUGUGAAAGAUAACGCCACUGCUGUUUCCUCCAUCACACUUAAUAAAGUGCUUCCUAUAGGCAUCGCUCCCUGGGGGCUGGUGGAGAACAGACAGCACCUCGUCAACUCAGAGGGAAGUUUUCCUGCAAAGGUCACAACCCAAGACUCCUGCAAUCUGGAUAACAACCAUAAGGCUUUUCUUCUGGUGGACGACGGGACCACUGGCCGUAAAGGUGGAGAGCUGGCGUUCAGAGCCCGUCUGGAGGAUUACAUUUCACGCCAGCGCCCAGGCAAUGCAAGCAUUGACAUUCCUGUUCUGAACAUGCUGAUAGCUGGAGACACGUCCAUGCUGGAGUUUUUAGAGAUGUCUUUGAAGAAUUCAACACCGUGUUUGGUUCUGGCUGGUUCGGGUGGUCUUGCCAAUCUAGUGAGCGACAUUGUGGAGAAUGUUCAGUCUGCGGCGAUGCCUGGAGCAUCAGAGAAGGAGGACGCCAGCCCCAUCAUGGAGCUCCGAGAACAACUGGCGGCAAAAGUCAAGAAAUAUUUUCCUGCUGAGAAAAAAACUGACAAACUUGUUGACAAGGUUUUAAGCAUCUACCAAAACAAAGACAUCAUCUCCAUUUAUAAUGCAGAACAGGAAGGAGCAGAAGAUUUUGACAUUGUGAUGCUUAAAGUGCUUGUUCAAGCGAGUAAGCGAAAUGUAUCAGAGAAUACUAACUCCUAUGCUGAUGAGUUGAGACUGGCCGUAACCUGGAACAGAGUGGACAUCGCCAAGAGUGAACUCUUCAAUGGACACAUCGACUGGAAGUAUGAGGAGCUGAAGGAUUCCAUGACUGACGCCUUGGAGAACAACAAACCCCAGUUUGUGCGUCUCCUCAUCGAUAACGGCCUGAAUAUUUCGACCUACUUGACUUACAACCGACUGGAGAUACUGUACAACUCCAUCUCUGACACCUGCCUGGCCAAAACACUCCUGCUCCAUCAUCUGAAUGAGCGCAUACACCAGUCCAUCAAGCAGAUCUACAAGAUCAGCCUUUAUGAGGUGUCUCAGCUACUGACAGAUCUGUUUGGCGAGGUCUGUCUUCCUUUCUACAAGGCUGAACUCAAACUGGAAGCAACGACCAAAAGAAAAGCUUUAAAAAAUGCAUGCGAUGUCUUGAAUGGGAGUUGCACAUAUCGAGAUGAGAAGUGUAAGCACCCAUGGUUGUGUCUCUUCAUCUGGGCAGUGCUGCAGAACCGCAGAGAGAUGGCCAUCUUCUUCUGGGAAAUGUGUGGCGAGUCGGUUCUGACGGCUCUGGCUGGAUGUAAACUGUUGUUGGAGCUCUCUAAACAGGAGAUCGAGACCGAGGCCAAGCUCUCCAUGAAGGAGCUGGCGCUGAAGUUUGAGCAGAUGGCUCAUGAUGUGUUUGGCACAUGCUACCAAACCAAAGCAAGUCAUUCCUACAAGCUGUUGAUCCGCAAGUCAAAACUGUGGGGUGACGCCACCUGUCUGAAGAUGGCCAUAGCUGCGGAUGCCCGGAUCUUCUUCAGCCAUGAUGGAGUGCAGUCUCUGCUGUCUCAGAUCUGGUGGGGGGAUAUAGAAAGAGGAACUGCGUUCUGGAGACUCCUGCUGGUGAUGAUCUGUCCUCCUCUCUGCUACACCAACUGCAUUGAAUUCAGGAAAACAGAUCCAGCAAAAGAAGAGAAAUCGAUGACGGCACCUCCAUCUUCACCGACAGACAGCCAUUACGAAAAGACCGUCUACUCCUUCAAAGACAUCAAACACCAAAAUGAAGGCGAGAAUGAGGACUCAAAUCAUAUCAGACAGAACACAAAAGGAGAACCUGCAUUCAUCGAAUCAAUGAAGAGUAGCUUUGUGGUCUCCCGCUGGAAGCAGUUCUGGUACGCUCCUGUCACCUCAUUCAUCGGCAACCUUCUGAUGUACUUCCUCUUCCUGUUUCUGUAUGCCUACGUGCUAUUGGUGGACUUCAAGCCGCCUCCCCCUGAUGGCCCGGCGGUUUCGGAGUAUGUGCUGUAUUUCUGGGUCUUCACUUUAGUGUGCGAGGAGAUUCGAGAGGCGUCCAUUGCAGGCAAUAAGAAGUUUCCUCAGAUGUUGUUCGUGUAUGCUCAGGAUAUGUGGAAUAAGUUUGAUGUUCUUGCCAUUUCCCUCUUCAUUACUGGUUUGUGCUGCAGGAUGUUCAGCUGGUCAUUCAACAUGGGUCGUGGUAUACUGUGUGUGGACUACAUGGUCUUCACUCUCAGACUCAUACACAUUUUCGCCAUUCACAGACAGCUGGGUCCCAAAAUCAUCAUACUCGGCAAAAUGAUCAAGGAUGCGUUCUUCUUCCUGUUCUUCCUGCUGGUGUGGUUGAGUGCAUAUGGAGUAGCCAAUCAAGCUCUACUAUACCAGUACGAUCCGAGCCCUGCAAGAACGUUUCGACGAGUGUUGUACAGGCCAUAUCUGCACAUAUUCGGACAGAUACCAGUUGAAGAAAUAGACACUGGCAGACACUGGGAAAGAGACUGCACAGAUAAUCUGACGUUGAUCAAUGAAGGGAUAGAGCCGUGCAGAGACACCAGCCACAACUGGCUUGUGGUCGUUUUGUUGGUCAUCUUCUUACUAGUCACAAACAUUUUACUUGUCAACCUGCUCAUCGCCACAUUCAGCUAUACGUUUUCCAAGGUUCAGGAGCGCAGUGACACAUACUGGAAAUUUCAGCGGUAUAAUCUGAUCGUGGAGUAUCAUUCACGUCCGACGCUCGCUCCACCAUUCAUCAUCCUGUCUCACAUCAACCUCCUGAUCAAAAGAAAAAUACGCAAAGUGCAGUCCGCCAAAGUCCAACGAUUUGCCCUGAAGAUAAAGGGUCAAGAGAAGAAGGAGCUGGUGAAAUGGGAGAACCUGCAGAAGGAGAACUAUCUGGCCCUUGAGAUCAAAAAACAGAGAGGAACUGACUCUGAGAGGCUCAAACGCAUAACUUCUAAAGUGGAUAGUGUGAUCAAACAGGUUGCAGAGAUCAGAGAUGUAGACCGCAGACUGAGAGCGGUCGAGUCAGAGAUGGAGUUCUGUACCUCUUCUCUACAGUGGAUUAUGGAGACUCUUUCUCAGAGCAGCAUGGUGAAGACCACUAAAGCACAUCCUACUCGCAAAGCCGUCACUUCAGCCAGCAUUGAGAAAUGAGAAAGAGCCGUUUCCUGUGUUGGUCUUCUGUCCUCAUUGAUGGAUACUCUAAACAAGAAGCCGCAGAGAGCCAGUGAAAGGAGGGAUGAUGCCAAAAACUCUUCCCAUGUUCUGCUUUCCAUCUUUAAACUGGUCAUCCUGGCCUUUUCAUGCUUCAUCCUGCUCCUACAGGUUUACUCGGUGUGAGAUUCAGCUUUUGUUCAGUGGUUUUGCGUAAUACAGAGUAACCUUCCUGAACCAAAUUCAUACAUUUAAUUCAGUAUAUCUCAUUUAUU